AUGGGCGGCAAGGGCUUCCCUGGCGAGGUCGUCGGCUUUUUUCUCGCCGCGGCUUUAUGCAUCAUUUGCCCGGAGUACGUGUUAUCAGCACAAAGAGAGCUUGGCAAAGGCUCGCCCACUAAUGAGUCGGCGACAGUGGCCCCGGCGGGGUCCGUGGACAACGCUAUCAGGCCCGGGGUACCCGCAGUCGACCCCCCGCGCUCGACCCCCAGGUCCGGACCCUACUUCGACUUGGUGGCUUCGAAGAACGUCACGGCGUUAUUGGGGAAAACGGCGUAUCUUAAUUGCAGAGUAAAGAAUUUAGGAAACAAAACGUUGCAGAACAUGCAAGUGUCUUGGGUGCGACACAGGGAUAUUCACCUGCUAACAGUUGGUCGGUACACCUAUACGAGUGACCAGAGAUUUAGAGCUAUACAUCUACCACAUUCUGACGAUUGGACCCUUCAGAUAAAAUACCCACAACAUAGAGACUCGGGGAUUUACGAAUGUCAAAUAUCGUCUACCCCUCACAUGAGCCAUUUUAUUCAUUUGAAUGUCGUUGAACCAACGACGGAAAUCAUCGGUGGUCCCGACCUGUACAUCGACCGGGGUAGUACCAUAAACCUGACGUGUGUGGUACUAUAUUCUCCAGAGCCACCAGCGUAUAUAUUUUGGAAUCACAAUGAUGCGAUUAUAAGCUACGACUCCCCCCGAGGGGGUGUCUCCGUGGUGACGGAGAAGGGGGAGACGACGACCUCGUUCCUCCUUAUCCAGCAAGCCAGGCCUUCAGACUCUGGCACCUACCAGUGUAACCCGAGCAACGCACAGUCGAAAAGCGUUGUAGUACACGUGCUUAAUGAAGCAAAUUCUAUUUUCCCUUUGUCAGGUGAGUACCCGGCAGCCAUGCAGCGGGGCGGACAGGCCUUCGCCCCUACCUCACCGGCACACUGCAUCAUCUUAGCUAUAUCCAUAUUUAUAACUCUCUCUUGA